AGGCGUCGGUAUUUUUCGGGCAACUAGCUCUCCCAGCUGCUGUAAUUGCUGCUGCGGGAGAAAUCGGAGCUGCUGUCGCCGGCACGCCCGCCCUCCCCCACUGAGAAGAGCCACCGCCUCUUCUCUCAGGCUCUAGGUAGACCAAUCUUUGGGAGCGGCUGCAGCAGCACAGUCUCGGUGACCCACUGCCGCCUUCUCAGGGGGUUGCUCUACUGCUCAUUCCCGCAGUCCGGCACUGAGGGCGUCCCCCUGUCCGGAACCGGCCCCUCACUCCAGAUUGUCUACUCCGUCCUCAGCCUCACCCGGGACCCAUCGCCUCAGUCUCGCCGGGGUGGAGGACGACGAGGAGGAGACGAGAGUCACCCUUCCUCCAGGCGGCGCCGGCCCCCUCACUCGCGGGUGUGUCCUAUAAAUGGCGUCGGAAAGCGACACCGAGGAAUUCUAUGAUGCCCCUGAAGAUGUGCACCUAGGCGGCGGCUCCCCGAUAGGGUCUCCAGAAAAAGUCGGGCUUUCAACAUUUAAAGAACCAGAGAACACUGCCCACAAAGUCGGAAAUGAGUCCCCAGUACAAGAAUCGAAACAAGAUGUAUCUAAAAAGAUUAUUGAAAGUAUUAUUGAGGAGAGUCAGAAAGUACUACAGCUUGAAGAUGACCCUUUGGAUUCUAAAGGAAAAGAACUCUCUGAUCAGAGUACCGGUCCUCUUGGAGCUGCAACAGAUUUUAGCAGUAUACCUGAACUGUUAGCUGUAGGCCAAGGACUGCAGGAAGAAGAGUCGAUAAAGGCAGAGAGUCAGAAUGUAUGUGAAGAAAAUGAAUUCGAAUCAAAGAAAUGUUUUCCUACUGAUAAUACCUGUGAGAAGCCAGUUGAUGAACCUACUAAGUUAACUGAAAUAAGUUCAACUGAGCAGCUUCAUGUGGCUGAAGUGGAAACAGAAAUAUUGGACAAGGAAGUAGCCGAAGAAAAACAAAGUUAUGUUCUAGAACCAACAUCCUCAGAUACCUUACCUGCUCAUUUUCUUGCUGUGGAAGAAGUGGCUCCUGCCAAACCCCCAAGGCAUCUUACUCCAGAACCUGAUAUUGUGGCCAGUACAAAGAAGCCUGUUCCAGCACGCCCACCCCCUCCAACUAAUUUUCCACCUCCUAGACCCCCACCUCCGUCUCGUCCUGCACCACCACCAAGAAAAAAGAAAAGUGAAUUGGAAUUUGAGGCUCUUAAAACACCUGAUCUAGACGUACCCAAAGAGAAUAUUACGUCUGAUUCUCUCCUAACUACAAACAUGGCUUCAGAGAGUACAGUCAGGGAUUCUCAGCCUUCUCUUGAUUUGGCAAGUGCUACCAGUGGAGAUAAAAUAGUUACUGCCCAGGAAAAUGGGAAAGCACCUGAUGGGCAGACAGUAGCCGGUGAAGUGAUGGGCCCUCAAAGACCUAGAUCCAAUUCGGGGAGAGAACUUACUGAUGAGGAAAUUUUAGCCAGUGUAAUGAUUAAGAAUCUGGAUACUGGAGAAGAAAUACCUCUGAGUCUUGCAGAAGAGAAAUUGCCAACAGGUAUUAAUCCUCUCACCCUACACAUCAUGAGAAGAACGAAAGAGUAUGUAAGUAAUGAUGCAGCACAGUCAGAUGAUGAAGAGAAGUUACAGUCUCAACAAACUGAUACUGAUGGUGGAAGGUUAAAACAGAAAACGACUCAACUAAAGAAGUUUCUUGGAAAGUCAGUAAAGAGAGCAAAGCACCUUGCAGAGGAAUAUGGCGAACGUGCUAUCAAUAAAGUCAAAAGUGUUAGAGAUGAAGUGUUUCAUACUGAUCAAGAUGAUCCUUCAUCAAGUGAUGAUGAAGGAAUGCCAUAUACAAGACCAGUUAAAUUUAAAGCAGCUCAUGGUUUCAAAGGACCUUAUGAUUUUGAUCAGAUAAAAGUGGUGCAAGAUCUUAGUGGUGAACAUAUGGGCGCUGUUUGGACUAUGAAAUUUUCUCAUUGUGGCCGAUUACUUGCCUCAGCUGGACAAGACAAUGUAGUCAGAAUAUGGGCUUUAAAAAAUGCUUUUGACUAUUUCAACAAUAUGCGAAUGAAAUAUAACACUGAAGGACGUGUGUCCCCAUCUCCUUCUCAGGAAAGCCUAAACUCAUCAAAAUCUGAUACUGACAUAGGGAUAUGUAGUGGAAACGAGGAAGACCCUGAUGAUAAAAAUGCACCCUUUAGGCAGCGACCGUUUUGCAAAUACAAAGGACAUACUGCUGAUCUCCUUGAUCUUUCGUGGUCCAAAAACUACUUUCUGCUUUCCUCUUCGAUGGAUAAAACAGUCAGGUUAUGGCACAUUUCUAGAAGAGAAUGCCUUUGCUGUUUCCAGCACAUAGAUUUUGUCACUGCCAUAGCUUUCCAUCCAAGAGAUGAUAGAUAUUUUCUAAGUGGGUCAUUAGAUGGAAAGCUCCGCCUUUGGAACAUACCUGACAAAAAAGUGGCUUUGUGGAAUGAAGUUGAUGGUCAGACAAAAUUGAUCACAGCUGCAAAUUUCUGUCAGAAUGGCAAAUAUGCAGUAAUUGGAACAUAUGAUGGUAGAUGUAUUUUCUAUGAUACAGAGCAUUUGAAAUACCAUACCCAAAUACAUGUCCGAUCUACUAGAGGGCGCAACAAGGUUGGAAGAAAAAUUACAGGCAUUGAGCCUUUACCUGGAGAAAAUAAGAUACUGGUAACCUCAAAUGACUCCAGAAUCAGACUAUAUGAUCUGAGAGAUUUAUCACUCUCCAUGAAGUAUAAGGGUUAUGUCAACAGUAGCAGCCAGAUCAAAGCAAGUUUCAGCCAUGAUUUUACUUACCUUGUCAGUGGUUCAGAGGAUAAGUAUGUUUAUAUCUGGAGUACUUACCAUGACCUAAGCAAAUUUACUUCAGUGAGAAGAGAUCGAAAUGAUUUCUGGGAAGGUAUUAAAGCACAUAAUGCAGUUGUGACAUCAGCCAUCUUUGCUCCAAAUCCAAGUUUGAUGUUCUCUUCAGAUGUGCAAUCUGAAAAAUCAGAAGGGACCAGUAGAGGUGAAGAGCCUGAGGGUUUGGAUGCUACAUCCUCCGGUACUGUGAAGACAGACAAUACAGAAGUUCUUCUCUCUGCUGACUUCACUGGAGCAAUCAAAGUGUUUGUCAACAAAAGGAAAAACAUAUCAAUUUGAAAUGCAAUUAAAUAAACAUACCAGUAGUUUCUAUAUGUAUCAGAAUGAGAAAAAGUAAUAUAGUGUUUCAGACUAACAUCCUUUUUUAAUUUUUAUUGAAAGUUGUUUAAAUAUAAUAUAUUUUUUGAGAGGCAGUGUUAAUGAUCUAGGAAACCCUGGACAGAUAUACUAAAAAGGAUUGUGGCUAGUUUAACAUUGCCAACCAUUUGGCGUUAUGUUUUGUUAUAUUUGUGUUUUUAUUAUAUAAUUAUGAACAUGCACAGGUUUCUGCAUGAAAAGAAAUUAAUAUAUUAAUCACAUGUGUGUGCCUUUUGGUUACAUGCACUAAAUCUAACAGAGUUAAAUUAUUGCAGUGGCUCUUUUGGCCUCUUACUGAAGGGUAUAGUCUUAUUUCUAGCUUAAACAAUUUCUUUUGCACAGAAUUUCAUUUUUAAGAAAAGUGGUAUCUUUUGACUGAGUUAUUGUUUAAAAAAUGUUAUAUAGGUUUUUAAUAGGUCAAUAACCAUGUAUAAAUGGUUUUUAUAAAUUUCUCAAUUUGGGGACAAGAUUUUUUUGUGGUCUAAAUUGUGAACUUAAGACUCUUUUCUUUGUGUAUAUAUAAUUUUUUUUCUUUGCCACACUGGAGCACAAUGUUUCUAUGUAAAGAAUUCUUUUCCUUCUUUAUCCAUGAGCACCAGGCUUUGCUCAAUUAAAAUUAAGCCGCAUUAAGGAGUGAGUCUUCUUUUUUACAAUAAUGUAAAAAUGAAUUGUUUACAUUUUUUUUAAGCAUUGUAGUUUUUAAAAAUUAAGCUGUUUUGUUUUGUGUUAUUGAAUUUGAAAACUUUGUAAAUACCAGUAUAAUGUACCAAUGAAAUAACAUCUGGGGCAGUGAUACCCUGAACAUGUUGUUGACGGUUAGCAUAUGUUUCUGAAAAUUAAAUAUGUAUUAUUAAAGUUGGUCACCAACACUUGUUAAACAUGGCUUUAUUUUUCAUAUGGUUUCUGUAAAUCAAGUAAAGCAAG